AAAUAAGCAGCCCGUGGAGAUAAAACAAGUGAAUUAGUUUUUUAGGAUUUGUAAUAAAAAAUGUUAAAAUAUUUAACGCACAAAUUAAAAACUCAAUCAAUUAAUGAGGAAAAUUCAAUUGAAAAGAUUGAUUGUCACGAUUCUGGAACGGAAUCAGAUGGUGAUUUGGAUAGUGAAGACCUUAAUGAACGUGAUAUGGAAUUAAGCAUGAGCUCACGUCAUGAUACAACGUCGCCUGAAGAGUGCUCAGAAUCGCCGGCAUUUUUGAGUCCACAAUCAAAUUUAUUAUAUGAUCAACAUAGUUCGGAGGAAGAAUUAGAAGUGAUAAUGACAAAACCAUUGGAGAAUUCAAUUGAAAUGUCAAACGAGAAUGUGGACCAGAAGCAGAAACUUAAAAUUCAAAAUAAUGAUGAUGAAUUUUCGCCGAAGCGCUGUAGCAGUUCAACAUUUUUAGAAAAACGAAAACGAUCAUUAGCUCACAAUUCGGAUGAUGAGGUGAGACAAUUUUUAGAGUCGCAAGCAUAUCAUCAUAACAUGUUAGCGCCAGUCAAUUUUCGAACAACGCCUCCAUUGGAAGCUUUGAAGCCACAUAGAGGCCAUUUAUUGUUUAAUAAUCAGCACUUGAAUAGAUAUAGUCCACAACAGUCACCAUCAGUACAAGAACAACAGCAACGUUCCACAACCCCUAAUUUUAAAACAUUCAACCAUUUUAGUCGCUCGACAACUCCACUAAUUUUGGUUGAAGCUGGACGAGGAAUAGAAAACAUUCGAAUAUCGUGUGAUAGUCCUUUAACAAGUGGCUCAUCGUCCACACCAUCAUCAUCAUCAUUAGAUUUACGUUCAAUAAGUCCACCAACAAAAGUUUUUGCCAUCUCACCACGUCGUAAUCGUACUCCACGUAAUCAUCAAUUGCAAAGGCUACAACGUCGUCCUUGCUUAGAUUUUGAUAAGAUGCAAUUGAAAGCUCGCAAUUGGAACAAUGAUGGCGACUUAUCAGUAUUUUGCUGGUGAUAAAAAUUGGCAUUUUUGUGUGGAAGUGGAUAAAAAAAUUCGUCUCAGAAGAAAAACCCUUUUUUUUGUGUUUGUGAAAAAAGAAAAAUAAUUGGAAAUAAGAAAAAAAAAUUUCUUUUUAAUAUGGAAAAUUUGUUUUAUUUUUCAUUAAAUGAGAGGCAAAAAGAAAAUUUUCCUCUUUGUUAAUUAUUUUACAUCUUUAAAUUUUAUUUGUUAUUCCUUUUUUUUUCUUAAUUAUUAACCAUUAUUAUUGUGGUGUGUGCUUGGAAAAUGUUAUCAAAUUAGUGAUGUGAAAAUUGUUUGCGGAAAGUUAAUUGCAAUUAAUUUGGGAUUAUGAACCAAAAAUGUUGGUAUUUAAGUGAAUUUAAGAUUGCUGUCGAAAUUAAAUGAACUUUUAUGAUGCUUUAAUAGCAGAGAGUUAAACCAGGAACAGAAUGGGACUGCAAAUGAUUUUCUUUGUGGAUGCAAGUACGAUUCCCAACAAGUCUGACUUGCAUUUUAGAAGAUUGUAAUUCUAAAAACAUUAUUGGAUCAAAUUUAAAACUUUUGGGGCAUUCUAGAUCAGUGUUUUUCAAACUUUUUAUGACGUGGGGCAGAAAAGAAGCAGUAGAUCAUCUGUUAAUGUUUCCACGCUACGCUGGCAACCACUAUAUCCGCAUCUAGAAUUUUUUGGUGGAUCAUAGUUUGAAAAACACUGUUCUAGAUCAUAUUAGAGGUUAGGGUACAACUAGGCAUGGCUAUUUCUAUUUACGAACUGUAUAGGAAGCUUUGUUCAAAAGUUCUGACAAUUUGACAGUUAUUUAUAUCAAUUGUAAUAAUCAAACUACCAAAUACUCGAUAAACUAGUAAACAGUUGCAUUCCCCGUCAAUCAUGACAAGUAAAAAAUUCGAAAAAAUUUAAUUAUGAAGAUUCAAAGCUGAACAAAUCUUAUAAUUUUUGGUAUCAACAUACCAGUUACUAGAUCAUCAAAACCUAUUAAAAUACUAGUAUAGUUCCUCGUCAAGGAUGACAGUAAAAAAUCAGCCAUUUUGGAUUUCACCAUUUUAAGCCUAAGCCAUGCCAAACGAUAAUCAUUUGUAAAGUCUAUAAUAUGGUAAACUACUAUAAAGACUAGCAACCUUAAUCAAUUAUACAUCCAAAAAUUUGAAAACAAUUUCCAAGCAGUCCAGAAUUCCUCGUUCUAAACAUAACACAAUAAAUAUCUUUUCCUCUUCCAUUGAUUUUCUCUCUCAUUUAAAUCGUCAAUCAAAAUAAUAUUUUUCAAAACUUAAUAAAAGAAGGGAAUAGAAAAAAAUAAUACCUUUUCUAUUUGUCACUGUAUCUCAAUAAUAAAAAAAAAUUAAAAAAUUAUAAUUAACAGAAAAAAAUGAAACUUAAUCAAUAGAAAUAUAAAAAAAAAUCAGUUAUUUUGAUAUCGAAGAAUAAAAAAAGAAAAAAUCAUAGAAAGUGCAAAUGCACGAUAAAAAAAUAUUAAGUGCUACUUUUUCAUCCAAUUUUCUAUUAAUUUAAAAUAAAAAGGUGGCAUCUGAAGUCAAUGGAUGAUGAAAUUAAUGAAGAAAAAAAAAAUAUAAAAAAAAGUGAAAAAUGAAGGAGAAAUUUUUUUUUAAUUCUUAAGAGACAUUUGUAAUUUUUAAGCUGCAACACACACACAAAUUACAAUUUAAUAUUAGUGCAUAAGACAGUAAAUCAUAUAAAAACAAAAAAAUAUGAAUUAUUUUAGAAUUUUUCAAUUAAAAAACAACAACAACAAUUCAGUGAUGAUGAAUGGAAAUAAAAAAAAAACUUAAGAGCACAUGCGAUAGGAUGUGAUGAGCAUUUGACGAUAAUAAUUUGGAUCUUUCAAUAAGAAUGAAAAUGAAAAAAAAAUUACUGAUAAUGAAUUUUUUUUUAUUUCCUGUUUUAUUCUAUAAAUUUUAAUUAUUCGACGAUGGAAAUUAAGAUGAAGGUUUUUGGUGGAUUUGUGGAAUUUUAUUAAAGAUUGAUUUUAAUAUAUUUUUUGCUGCAAAAACAUUCAUAAAAUCCCGCGAACUAUGUGCCGUGUGUGGCUUUAGUCAUGACUUUUCAUCAAGUUGUACCGUAACUCAACGAUGGUUGUCUACCACUGGUAUGAGGAAGUCGAUGAAAUUUUCAAGUCGACUUUGAGCUCUGGAUUACGGGAAAAUCGAGCACAUGGUCUAAAAUCAGUCCCAAAUCUUUGUAGAUUCAAUGAAUUCAUGACCGAUUAAAACUAUCAAGUUUCUCUAAACUGGAAUAUAGUCAGCCAGUUGCGAAUUCAAUACAUUUGGUGGAUGUGGUUGGCAAUUUUUGUGUUUAUUUCACUGUUCUUUAAUUAAUGCUGCACAACAGUUGUCACUAUAGCUUCAUAAGAAGAGCUUUACUCUGGACGAUUG